GGCGGCGGAGAGGAGGAGCCUCUGAUCUGGACCCGCGCACGGAUUGGACGCGCAGGAUUUUCGAAUCAACGCACAGAAAUCUCCCCGCAUGCUCAGCUCCGGUGUGCAGGAAUUUGUCCUCUUGCGUCCUGCACAAAAUAACCGUGGCUGUGUGAAUCUCAACCAUCCCUGCCUCCUCACUACCCUGCCCACCGGGGCAAGAGGGACUCCGCCCAGCUCCCCUACUAUAAAACCCCAGCAGCCACGGCAGCCCCGCCGAGGUUUGCUCACUUCCCACCAAGGGCCACUUCACCCGUCAGCCUCAUCGGUGCCUCCAUCACCAUUGGCCUUUCCAAAAACUAUCCCCAAACGACCAGCGAACAUGGCUCCUUUUGAGAAAUCCAUGGAGAUGACGCCCUUCAAGCAGAGGAAAUGCCUGGCAACGAGAAAAGAUGAAGUAUGCAAUAUUCGGUCUAAAUUCCCCAACAAGUUGCCUUCGUGUUUCCUCGCUCAGGUGAUUGUUGAGCGUUACAUCAGGGAGAAGACCCUUCCUCUGCUGGACAAAACAAAGUUUCUGGUUCCUUCUGAGCUCACUUUGGGUCAGUUCCUCUGCCUUCUCAGGAAUAAGAUCGCUCUGGACCAGACCCAGACUCUGUUCCUCCUGGUGGCGGAGAGGAGCAUGUCCUGCAUGUCCUCCAGCAUGGGGGAGAUCUAUUCUCGCUUCAGAGACGCCGACGGCUUCCUGUACAUCACCUACGCCUCCCAGGAGGUGUUCGGAGCGCCUCGCCCCGCAGGCAGGCCGCCUCGCUGAGCCUGGGACCGAUUUUUUUAACCGAUGAACUGAAAGCUGACAAUCAAACAGGAGAAAAUGGAGAAAAUGGACAAACUGAGCCAAAACGAGACACGUCUUUAAAAUCCAGCAAGCUGCUCGUCUGCCUACCUCAAUGGACUCCUUCGAGCGUUUAGAGACUUCAUGUCCAACGUCCUCUUUGCUGAUAAUAGAGGACCACAUGCAUCCUGAUGAAGGCUCCAAAGACUUGUACCCAAUAUAGACAGUCGUUUUGUUUUCGAUUGAAAAAUCUUCCUUUCAAAUUGUAUGAUAUUGUUGUUCUUUGUAGUGUUUCCUUUGUGUUUCCAUCGUCCACAUUGCUGCAAGAUCAACGCAUUAGGAACCCACCCAAAGCCACCAAACUGUCUCCACACCCUUCUUGGCACUUAUUUCCCCUUAUUUUUCCUUUUUUUUGUUCAAAACAUCACCUCCUCGGCUUCCCUCAAAGAAUGUGAACCCCGCCCACAGACUCAUUAUUAAACACAGAAGCGCUGUUGGACGUCUGGUUGUGCUGUUCUGAUGUGUUCUGGGUCCAAAGCAGCGAUAAUACACCCCCAAAAUGUCCUUCCUGCUGUGUGUGUCCUGUUUAUUUGUAUUAUAACCACCAAUUAUUAUUAAUAUUAUUAUUUGGUUUGUUGAAUUAUACACAAUAUCGGAUUUCAUAGCAAUUGGUUGUAAGAAUAAUCAGAAACGUCUCAAAUUUUGCAACACAUUUCCUUAAAAGCUUGAGUUGAAGGUGGUGACAAGAAGAAAACAGAAUUGCUUGUGCUUAAAAAAAAAAAAAAAGCUCCCUUUGUCAAAACAACCGAAUGCAAAUGAAAAGUACUAGAUUAACACAGGUGUUAAAAAUCUAAAAAUGCAAAAUCCUCCCCUUUUAAAGUUGCACCUAAAUUCAUUCACCCUCCAUGUUUACAGCCAAAACGUAAAGAGCAUAUUCAAUAAACAAAUCGGAACAACA